CUUGGCUUCCACAUUCGCAUGUCUAUAAGAUAAGCGUCUGAUCUGCAGGUGUUACAAUUAUUUUACAAAUUCCAUUGAAAAGAGAAUCUAUUCUGGAGGAACCGUUUCCUUGAAAAAAAAAAAGACAGACUUUUAACUUAACCCAGAAAUAACAGGUUAGUAAACUUUAAGAACAGAGAGAACUGGCAGGUCCAUUGAUGAAUUCAUUCUAUAUGUAUAUUGCAUGAUAUAAAACGUAGCAUUUAUUGAAUGAACAGAUGAUUAUUUAAUCAGAAAUCAUCAGAAAUAAUUGAAUAAGAAUCAAAAAAACAAGAUUUCUAUUUAGAACAAAUGAAAAUGUUCGAGUUCAAAUAUUAAAAUCCUACAAAUCUAUUGUUUUCGAGAAAUUCACUAAACAUUGGGUUGUGCAGUAAAUAUUUUAUAUGAUAGUCUGUGACGUUUAACAAUUUGGUUUAUUUUUACGUAUCAUUUAUUGUUUAUUAAGCCUUUGUGCCUUGAAUAAUGCUAGUAAUGGUUUUCAUGUGGAACGUACUUGAAUAUUCCUUGAAUUGUAAAAAUGUAAUCUAAUCUAAACCCAACUCCAUUAAUCUUAGAGGUCAGUAAUUUCAAUAUAAUUACUUUUAUAAUCAAAUUUAAAUUUAUAAAAAAAAAAAAAGGAAAUAAACUAAAAAAAAAUGAAGGGGUUAAAUGCUUGCAAUAUGUUUUGUGUUAUUACUCUAUGGUUGAUGUACUAAGCAGAGUACAGUGGUGAAUUAAAAAAACAAAAUAAUGAUUGCAGAGUGUGUGUUUGUAUACUGUGCCUAUAAUGAUUGCAGAGUGUGUGUUUUUGUAUACUGUGACUAUAACAAUUGCAGAGUGUGUGUUUGUGUAGUGUGCCUAUAAUGAUUGCAGAGUGUGUGUUUAUGUAAGGAUGUAGUGUGCGCAUAAUGACAGCAGAGUGUGUGUUUGUAUACUAUGCCAAUAAUGAUUGCAGUGUGUGUGUGUUUGUGUAGUGUGUAUAGUGACUGCAGAGUGUGUGUUUGUGUAAUAAUGUAGUGCGUGUUUAGUGACUGCAGUGUGUGCAGAGUGUGUGUUUGUGUAACGAUGUAGUGUGUGUAAAGUAACUACAGAAUGUAUUUAGUGACUGUAGAUUUUUUAUGUAUGGUGUAUUGUGAAUGUAGUGUGUGGGUAGUAAAUUAAGAACAGUAACUCGAAAAGAGAUACAGUGGUUGCCCUUCACACAUAGACAGGGGGAGGGUAUAACCGAAUCUCCCUCUUAUAUGGAGGAAGUUCACCUAAACUGGGCUCCGCGAGAGGGGGUAACCCUUAAUUGAGAUAAUAGAAUAACAGGAAAUCCCAGUGCUCUCCACUAAUAAGGAGCACAAUUUUUAUUACAAUAUAUUACAAAAAAAAUAAACAAAAAAGUAGCCUGAUAUUUAGUGAUAAUCCAAUUAUGUCUGAGGGAUAGGGGAGGAAGGUGAUAGAAACAGACAAAUUAGUUGCUAUAUAGAAUGCAUAGACAAUUCACAAUAUGACAUAUAACAAGUUAGAAAUCCAACAGUACUAUGAACUGUCAAGAGUUAACCGUACUGUUUUUUGUUAGAGUGGAAGGUGGAAGGGAAGGUAGAGUGGAAGCUGACUCAAUGUAGUACUCAAUAAAUAUUUGCUGAAUUGAUGCAAUAAUAGAAUGUCAGAGCAUAAACACAAGAAAGGAGUCACGCUAUAUUAACUGACAUCUCUCUUAGAAGUGAGUGUGACAACAAACGAUAUAAAAACCCAAACAAAUAAAAACUAACAGAUAACCCCCAUCUAUGAAUGUAAGAGGUUGCCCACGGCUAUCCCUCCGCUAAACCUAUGCCCUGCAAUGAGUACACCUGGACCUGGCUAGAGAAUUUACAAGAGUCCCUUGUUAUAGGACCCCACCAGCCCUGCUUAAAAAUACAAUUCUUUGCACCAGUCCCAUAAGUGUCUUGUGUGGUUGCUGGCAGGACUUUAUCCAUGGGCCCAUUGCCAGGCUUCAGCUCGCGGUGAAUGAGGGCCAUCCGAGGGAGUGUGUGACGCCGAAGGUGGCUUCCCAUGAGGAUCUGUGGUCUAUGAAGGCCACAGGGAGCAGCAGGAUCAGGCUGACGGCUUCUGAGCUUUUUCGCCCAGCAUGUCUUGACUUGGCGGUGUUCCGUGAGGGGCCAGGUUCGGUCAAAGCUGUAGUGACAGGCUUUUUAAUCUGCUGCUGGGUUCUAUUCCAGAAUUGCCUCCGGAAGUGCUUAAAUGACAUGGCUAUGCGGUCUUUCUGUGUGGCCCAGGUCAUGGGAAUUAGGGAUGCUAAGGGCAUUGUGUCGAUGGCCAUCUUAGCUUGCGGGGUUUAGUAAUCCAGCACCGUGGGAUCCAUCAAGUCUAGGCUAGGUGAGUGUGAGUGUGACAUCACCCCAGGGAGGAGCGGGAUAAGCCCAUUGGUCCAUGGGUAUAGGGGUAGGGUUGGAGCAUGCUUGAUCUCUGUAGUCAACUCAAGAACGAAGAGAGCAGGCACCUCUCCUCACCUCGGACUGCCACAGGCUGCAAGGUGAACAUAUAUAUAGAGAUAAAUGCUAUAUAUCUGUGCGCAUAGGGAAUGUGAGGCCAAGGACUCCAGGACUGCCAGGCCCAUGACAAUCGUCACGGUUGUCAUGUCCUGAGGGCGGCUCUGUGUUCCUCCAACUAGCCUCUUGAGUGUCCCUUUUACAAGGAGGACCUGGAAAUAACACUUGUGGUGCCGAGUCACCUUGAAAAUAUUUUUGCUAAUAUUAGCAGUAGGUUAAUGUGCUAAAUACCAUUGACACUGACCGCGCUACCUGGGGGGUCGUGCUCCAACAUGGCGUCCUUGUGAAGUGAGAGAGAAAUGCGGUGUGGGAGCAUGAGGUAGGUGAGUGUGGGAAUGAGGUCUUGAUAAGGCGUUGUCAAAUUCCAACCCUCCCCAAAGAUUGUUGUUGUACUACAACUCCCAAAAUAGUUUGAAUGCAAUUCAAGGGCAGAGAAUUAUUGAGAAUUGUAGUCCACAAAUAUUUGGUAGAUAGGGUUUGACAGCCUUGGUUUAACCCCUUAGUGACCGUGGACGUGCAGGGCAUGUCCUACAAAAAACGGUCCAUAAGGACUGUGGAAGUACCUUGCCCAUCCGUAGCUAAUUAGAGUGCUAGAAGCGAUCAUGAUCACUUCCAGCAGCUCUAACGGUAUUGCAGCAAGACAAUACCCCCCCUCACUGCCGGAUCCCCAUGUGAUUGCUCGCCCAGAGUGAUCACGUCCGGGUUUCCCCACGUGGAGCUUCUGAUGCUCUGCCUGUAUGCUGAGUGUUUCGGGGGGUCGUUAAAAUUCAAAUUUAAAUUAACAAAAUGUUUAAAAAAUCAAAAAUGAAAGAUGUCAUGCCAUCUGUGUGGAACCUGAAGCUUGGCCAUCAUUGGACCUUCCAACAAGACAAUGAUCCCAAGCAUACCUCAAAUUCCACCAAGGCUCGGUUUCAGAAGAAGUCCUGGAAAAUUCUGCAAUGUCCAUCACAGUCACUUGACUUGAACCCCAUAGACAUCUCUGGUGGAAUUUGAAGAAGGCAGUUGCAGCACACAAACGCAUUAGUUACGUUAAUAGUUAGAAUAGUUACAAUACGGACGUUCUUCAGGUUUCUGAAGUCCAUAUUUAUCAUCCAUCUGCCCAUCCAUCUCAGAGGUUGAAUAAACCUAAUCCACUACUGUGUAGCAUUUACAUCAAGAUCACAAACAAAAACAGUAAAUUGAAACAAUCACUUACUUUUACAAAAAAAUAAAAUCAUUUUUAAUCAUUCCUUCUGUCUGUCUUAUGAGAAGCUAAGAACAAUUUAUCAAAACUUACUUCCUUUUAUGAUGCUUAAACCUGUAGACUAGCAGAAAGCUAUCUAACCACACCUUAAACUAUCCCACCCACUGUACCUAUCUACUCACUGUAUAUACAAUAUAUAUAUAUAUAUAUAUAUAUACAAUGGAUUCAUAAAUGGACCUGCCAGUUCUCUCUGUUCUUAAAGUUUACUAACCUGUUAUUUCUGCUUUAAGUUAGAAGUCUGUCCUUUUUUUUUUAAGGAAACCGUUCAUCCAGAAUAGAUUUUUUUUUUUCAAUGGAAUUUGUAAUAUAAUAGUAACACCCGCAGAUCAGAUGCUUAUCGUAUUGACAUGUGAAUGUGGAAGCCAAGAAAACAGUGGUAAUAAAAAAACAGGUGAGUUUCUAGCUAAAUAGAAACAUAGAACGUGAUGGUUCUUAUCUGCAGUUACAUUCUAUGUUUCUAUGAAGCUAGAAAUUCACCGUUUUUUUAUCACCUCCGUCCACAUGGCUUACACAUUCACAUUUUAAUAAGAUAAGCAUCUGAUCUGCAGGUGUUACUUUAAAAAAAAUCUAUUCUGGAGGAAUUGUUUCCUUGAAAAAGAAAGAAGACAGACUUUUAACUUACAACAGAAAUAACAGGUUAGUAAAUUUUAAGAAUAAAGAGAACUGGCAUGUCCAUUUAUGAAUUCCUUGUGUAUAAAUUGCAUCAUACCAAAUAUAGCAUUUAUUGAAUAAACAGAUGAUAAUUUGUUUUAUACAUAUAUAUAUGCAGCAGCUGCAACCACACCAAGGGUUAAUUGUGAGUACAGCCUGUAUACAGUUUAUUGAUUAUGUUAAUGUACUUGUUGGUUAUUUAAACACUGUUGUUUGUAUUGCCCUGUAUCCUGACGAAAGUUCCUUAGAGAACUGAAACGUUGAUCUUCUGUGGCAGAUGCCUGUAUAAAAAGCUACGUUUUUUUCAUGAUAUUUUCGAAGUACUUGGAGUGCUAUCAUUUCUUUAUUUCUAUUAUUUGGCUGUUAAGCACCGGGCUUUUUACUAUUAAUCCAGGAGUGCAAGCAAUUGGAACUAUAUAUAUAUGUCUAUUUGUUUUUCAAAAGUAUACAAAUCACAUUUCCAUACAUAUAGACCAAUACAUAAACAAAAGACAGAAACACAUGAACAAAAACAUUGCAGUUUUAUAUUAAAUUUAUUUUCUCUUCUCUCUUUUAUAUAUAUAUAUACAUAUAUAUAUAUAUAUAUAUAUAUAUAUAUAUAUAUAUACAGUUGCAAGAAAAAGUAUAUGAACCCUUUGGAAUGAUAUGGAUUUCUGCACAAAUUGGUCAUAAAAUGUGAUCUGAUCAUCAUCUAAGUCACAACAAUAGACAAUCACAGUCUGCUUAAACUAAUAACACACAAAGAAUGAAAUGUUGCCAUGUUUUUAUUGAACACACCAUGUAAACAUUCACAGUGCAGGUGGAAAAAGUAUGUGAACCCUUGGAUUUAAUAACUGGUUGAAACAAUAACUUCAACCAAACGUUUCCUGUAGUUGCAGAUCAGACGUGCACAACGGUCAGGAGUAAUUCUUGACCAUUCCUCUUUACAGAACUGUUUCAGUUCAGCAAUAUUCUUGGGAUGUCUGGUGUGAAUCGCUUUCUUGAGGUCAUGCCACAGCAUCUCAAUCAUGAGGUCAGGACUCUGACUAGGCCACUUCAGAAGGCGUAUUUUCUUCUGUUUAAGCCAUUCUGUUGUUGAUUUACUUCUAUGCUUUGGGUCAUUGUCCUGUUGCAACACCCAUCUUCUGUUGAGCUUCAGCUGGUAGACAGAUGGCCUUAAGUUCUCCUGAAAAAUGUCUUGAUAAACUUGGGAAUUCAUUUUUCCUUCGAUGAUAGCAAUCCGUCCAGGCCCUGACGCAGCAAAGCAGCCCCAAACCAUGAUGCCCCCACCACCAUACUUCGAAGUUGGGAUGAGGUUUUGAUGCUGGUGUGCUGUGCCUUUAUUUCACCACACAUAGUGUUGUGCGUUUCUUCCAAACAACUGAACUUUGGUUUCAUCUGUCCACAGAAUAUUUUGACAGUACUGCUGUGGAACAUCCAGGUGCUCUUGUGCAAACUGUAAACGUGCAGCAAUGUUUUGUUGGGACAGCAGUGGCUUCCUCUCUGGUAUCCUCCCAUGAAAUCCAUUCUUGUUUACAUGUUUUAGUUUUAGUGUUUUACAUAUUGUAGAUUCGCUAACAGGGAUGUUAGCAUUUGCCAGUGACUUUUGUAAGUCUUUAGUUGACACUCUAGGAUUCUUCUUCAUCUCGUUGAGCAGUCUGCGCUGUGCUCAUGCAGUCAUCUUUACAGGACGGCCACUCCUAGGGAGAAUAGCAGCAGUGCUGAACUUUCUCCAUUUAUAGACAAUUUGUCUUACCGUGCACUGAUGAACAGCAAGGCUUUUGGAGAUACUUUUAUGACCCUUUCCAGCUUUAUGCAAGUCAACAAUUCUUAAUCGUAGGUAUUCUGAGAGCUCUUUUGUGCGAGGCAUCAUUCACAUCAGGCAAUGCUUCUUGUGAAAAGCAAACCCAGAACUGGUGUGUGUUUUUUAUAGGACAGGGCAGAUGUAACCAAUACCUCCAAUCUCAUCUCAUUGAUUGGACUCCAGUUGGCUGACAUCUCACUCCAAUUAGCUCUUGGAGAUGUCAUUAGUCUAGGGGUUCACAUACUUUUUCCACCUGCACUGUGAAUGUUUACAUGGUGUGUUCAAUAAAAACAUGGCAAAAUUUCAUUCUUUGUGUGUUAUUAGUUUAAGCAGACUGUGAUUGUCCAUUGUUCUGACUUAGAUGAUGAUCAGAUUACAUUUUAUGACCAAUUUGUGCAGAAAUCCAUAUCAUUCCAAAGGGUUCACAUACUUUUUCUUGCAACUGUGUGUAUAUAUAUAUAUAUAUAUAUAUGUGUGUUUUUUUAGGUAUGUAUUUACUUUUUUUUGCUCUACUUAAUAUUGAAAUUGUAAGGUUCAUUCUGUUGUGUAUAUACAAGUUUUUGUCACACUUAGACAUUUGAGACAAGACAUGAUUGUUUAUUCUCGUUUCUCUCUUCAUUUUUUUAUAUAUAUUCUUUUUUCUCUCGGCUUCUUUUCCUCCCUUUCUCUUUCUUUUUCUUUAUUCUUUCCUUCCUUGUGUUUUCCUUUUCAUUCUAUUUUUCAUUUUUCUUUCACUUUCUCCCCUCCUAUUCUUCCCUUUCCCCUUCUUUCUCUUUCCUUUGCUCCCUCUUCUCUGUGCUCCAUGUCUUCUCAUUUUCUUUGUUAUUCACAAUUUUUCCAUUUAUUCUUGUUUAAUCUUUUGGAUCCAAUCUGCCCAUCUCACUUCUUUUUUAUAUAACAAGUUAAAAUAUUUGUUUUGUUAAAUACCUUGUUCCAUUCGACAUUAAAUUAUAAUUUGAUUUUUUAUUUCUUCCAUAUUAGGUGGAUUGGUACAUUUCCAUUUUUUUGCGAUGUUUAUCUUAGUUGCCAGUAGUAUAUGUAUUAUGAGGUUUCUUUUAUACCUAUACAUUCUUUGCCAACCAACAUGGAGUAGUGCUGUAUUUAAUUGUUGUCCAUUUUUUUAUCCAAUUAAAAAUAUUUUGCCAUAUCUUAAUUAUUUUGGGGCAUGACCACCAAAUGUCGAUAUAAUCCGCUCUCAUUGCUUCGCAUCUCUAACAUGUUGGUGGGUUGCUUGGAUAUAUUUUUGAUAGUUUUAGUGGAUCAUAAUACCAUCUGUUAACCAUUCUUUAUGGUUUAUUUUAGUCUGUAAUUCUUUAUUCCAAAUAUUCAUAGCUGGUAUAUGAGGAUAGUCCUCACAGAGAUACAUUAGAUGAGAUAUUUUUGUUAUCAUUUUACCUUUAUUUUGACCAUUUAAUAUUUGAGAAACUUAUUUUGUUUCCAUUGACUAAGAUCAAUAUCCUCUAUGUUUAUUUCUAUAAUUUCUAUUGGAAGGUUGUCUAUAAGUUUCCCUUCAAUUCUUAAAGGACCACUAUGGGCACCCAGACCACUUCAGCUUAAUGAAGUGGUCUGCGUGCCUGGUCCAUCUAGGGUUAACUCUUUUUUUCUAUAAACAUAGCAGUUUCAGAGAAACUUCUAUGUUUAUAUUAGGGUUAAUCUAGUCUCUAGUGGCUGUCUCAUUGACAGCCGAUAGAGAGCUUCCGCGUUUCUCACUGUGAAAAUCACAGUGAGAAGACGCCAGCGUCCAUAGGAAAGCAUUGUGAAUGCUUUGCUAUGGACUGGCUGAAUGCGCGCGGCUCCUGCCGCGCAUGCGCAUUCAGCUGAAGAGGCAGAGAGGAGGAGGAGAGCUCCCCGCCCUGGAGAAAUGUACCGGUACUUACCUUAUCCGGGGGCGGCCGAGGUCCUCUAUUCUCGCUGCAGACGGUCCUAGAUCUCAUCAACUAUCUCAUUGAUAUAGACAAUAGGAUUUGUGACAGACUCUAUACCAAGAAUAGGAAUAGACAUUUUGUUACAUUAAAUACUCCUAGGUUUGCUAAUCCUGAGAGUUCCAAGGUAUCAGAGGAGGAACCCAUGCAAUUAGGGGUUGCCAAACACUCUGAUGCUGAAAAAUUGUAUAGGAGAAAGGAGGGAGUUUGCCUGUACUGUGGUAGGAAAGGCCCUAUCAUAAUGUCACGGUAGUGCAAAAUAUAAAAUGGUGGUGAGAGCACUCAAAUCAUGCAAAUACAAUAUUUUACCAGAACUUUGUUUGUUGGAAUAUCUAAAAAAACAUAAAACACAGAAACAUAGUAUAAUACUGUUUAAAAUAUGUGCAAAAUGUUGUAUGUGACUGGUUAAACUCACAUAUUUCUGAGUCACUUUAAAAGCUGACUCAGACUUAGGGUUUGUAUGGAGAUGAGAAAUCUCUAUUCUGGACGUCCUGUAUCACACCUUGUGGAUCCGCGCUGAUAGUAUCCUCUAAAAUUACUCCAGGAUGCAGAAAUCGAAUCCAAAUUGAUUUAUUAUUAAAAUACUUCACAAAAUUAAAAAUUAAUAGUAAAUACAGGUAAAAUGUCCUUUGUGUAUACCACAACGCGUUUCGGCACUCACAGCCUUUCUCAAGUGGUCUGUUUCUCAUCUCUCUAUUUGCUCCUUUAUACCUUCAAAUUUCAGCGCCCUUUCUCCGGCGUCCUGUGUGCCUUCCGUUUUCGUCAUCACUGUGCGACUUCCGGUUACGUUACGUGAUGACGUUUUUGUUUACAUCAUCUUUCCUUAGCCAAACGGCUACGUCAUGACGUCUUCCUGGUGCCGAACCCGGAAGCACUAACCGCGCCAUUUUAGAAAGUCUUUCGACAUGAAAAAUUUGCCAGUCUUUUAUCCAUUUCCAAAUACUUAAUAUAUACAUCUAUAUACGAGGAAAACCCACAUUAACAGACAAUUUAUCAACAAAAUGCAUAAAAUAGUCAUAAGAAUAUAUCAUUGAAAAAGAAGAACGGGGGAAAAAACAUUUUUAACGUAUAGAUUAAAUUAAAAUAAUAUAAUAUAUAAAAUAGUUUUAAAAAAGUCAUUUAAAACACUUAAUACUAUAUACAUGAAUUAAUCUCAAAAUCUAUGUUUAAACCAUAGGGGGACAGUGAUUCCAUAUUAAAAAUCCACUUCAUCUCUUUUUUACUAAGGAGGCGUUCUAUAUCUCCUCCUCUCCAGUGGGUUUUUACAGCCUCUAUUCCUAUAAAUUCAAAUCCACUGAUAUUCCCUCCAUGUACUUCCAAAAAAUGUUUAGAAACAUUGUGUAGGGUAAACUUUCUAUUUAUAUUAUAAAUAUGCUCCCUUAUCCUUAUCUUCAAUGUUCUUGAUGUCUUCCCAAUAUACUGUAAGCCACAGGGACAGACUAUCAUAUAAAUUAUAUUUUUUGAGUUGCAUGUUAUAAAGGAUUUUAUUUCAUGUUUUUUUGUUGUUCUUAAAAGAGAUAAAAUUGGUAACUUUUUUAUGUUUAUUCUUUCUUAAAAUACAGCCUCUACAUGUUCCACAGUAAUAAAAACCUUUUUCUUUCUUGAACAUAGAUGUAGUUUGGGGGUUUUUUUCUUUGUCUAAAAAACUCGAGGUUAAAACUUGCUUGAUAUUUUUCGCUCCUCUAAAAACCACUUUAGGUUGUGCUCCCAAAUAUUGAUGUAUCUCCUGAUCUUGUUCUAAGAUGUGCCAAUUUUUCUUCAUAAUUUUUUGCAACUGAUUACCGUGAGAACUGUAAUUAAAAAUAAUCGGUACAAUUUUAUCAUUUUCUUUUUGUUCUUUUGUUCUAUAUUUUAAGGUAUUAGUUCUUAAUUCCUGUCCUACUUCAUUUUUUAUAUUGGUUAGAGAAUCAUAGUUAUACCCUUUUUCUACUAAUUGACCAAUUAACACUUUUGUCUGUUCCUCAUAUAGUUCAGGCUCUGUACAGUUACGCUUUAUUCUUAAAAACUGUCCCUUUGGUAUAUUAGUUAGCCAGGGUCUAAAAUGACAACUUUUUAAAUUAAUAAAACUAUUAACGUCUACAGUUUUAAAAAAGGUUUUACUUUUUAUCAUAUUAUCUUCUAUAUAAAUAGUCAGAUCUAAAAAAUUAAUAGUCUGUGUGCUAAUUUCCCAGGUCAGAUUAAUAUUCCAAUUGUUUUUAUUUAAAUUAUUUAAAAAACAUUUCAGAGAUUCUUGCGUACCUCUCCAUAUUAAAAAAAUAUCAUCUAUGUAUCUCUUGUAGAGGACCAGAUUUGUCCCGAGCUCUGGCCUUGAGAAAAUCUCAGAUUCCUCCCAAUGGGCCAUAAAUAAAUUUGCAUAGCUCGGGGCAAAUCUGGUCCCCAUAGCUGUCCCCUUGGUCUGCAGAUAAAAAUUAUUCUCAAACCAAAAAAAAUUAUUAAAAAGGAUCAAUUGGAUACCCUCUAUAAUAAAAUCUGUUUGUUCGGGGUUCAAAUCUGUAUCAUUUUUUAAAAAAUGUCUAGCAGCCUCUUCUAUGAUCAAUAAUGGUAUAGAGGCUGCUGACAUCACAAGUGACCAUAGUAAAACCUUCCUCCCAAGUAAAACUGUUUAAAAUUUGUAAAAGUGACAUGGUAUCUUUAAGAUAUGAAGGACAUCUUUUAACAGGAUCUUGUAAAAAUUGAUCUAAAAACUGUGAUAAGGGUGAUAAUAAGGAACCAAUCCCCGAAACGAUUGGUCUUCCGGGGGGAUUUUCUGCAUUUUUAUGUACCUUUGGUAAAACAUAAAAAAACGGAAUUCUAGGGAAUUUUACAUUAAGAAAAUCAUAUUCUUUUUUAUUUAAUAACCCUAGUUCUAGUCCUUGAUUAAUAAAUUCACCCAAUUUUUUCUUUAUGUCCUCUAAAGGAUUUUUUUGCAAUAAAAGAUAUGUCUCGUGGUCUUGUAAUUGUUCAAAAAUUACUUUAAGAUAUUGUUCUUUUUUCCAUAUCACAACCCCCCCUCCCUUAUCGGCCGGUUUAAUGACAAUAGAAGAGUUUUUCUUCAAGUCCUGUAAUGCUUUCCUUUCAUUUUUAGUUAGAUUAUUUUGUUGUCCCUUAAUAGGUUCAAUUCUUCUCAAUUCCCUAGUGCAAACCUUUUCAAAAACCUUCAUAGCAUCUGAUUUUAAAUAACUUGGGAGGAAUCUGAGAUUUUCUCAAGGCCAGAGCUCGGGACAAAUCUGGUCCUCUACAAGAGAUACAUAGAUGAUAUUUUUUUAAUAUGGAGAGGUACGCAAGAAUCUCUGAAAUGUUUUUUAAAUAAUUUAAAUAAAAACAAUUGGAAUAUUAAUCUGACCUGGGAAAUUAGCACACAGACUAUUAAUUUUUUAGAUCUGACUAUUUAUAUAGAAGAUAAUAUGAUAAAAAGUAAAACCUUUUUUAAAACUGUAGACGUUAAUAGUUUUAUUAAUUUAAAAAGUUGUCAUUUUAGACCCUGGCUAACUAAUAUACCAAAGGGACCGUUUUUAAGAAUAAAGCGUAACUGUACAGAGCCUGAACUAUAUGAGGAACAGACAAAAGUGUUAAUUGGUCAAUUAGUAGAAAAAGGGUAUAACUAUGAUUCUCUAACCAAUAUAAAAAAUGAAGUAGGACAGGAAUUAAGAACUAAUACCUUAAAAUAUAGAACAAAAGAACAAAAAGAAAAUGAUAAAACUGUACCGAUCAUUUUUAAUUACAGUUCUCACGGUAAUCAGUUGCAAAAAAUUAUGAAGAAAAAUUGGCACAUCUUAGAACAAGAUCAGGAGAUACAUCAAUAUUUGGGAGUACAACCUAAAGUGGUUUUUAGAGGAGCGAAGAAUAUCAAGCAAGUUUUAACCUCGAGUUUUUUAGACAAAGAAAAAAAACCCCAAACUACAUCUAUGUUCAAGAAAGAAAAAGGUUUUUAUUACUGUGGAACAUGUAGAGGCUGUAUUUUAAGAAAGAAUAAACAUAAAAAAGUUACCAAUUUUAUCUCUUUUAAGAACAAAAAAACACAUGAAAUAAAAUCCUUUAUAACAUGCAACUCAAAAAAUAUAAUUUAUAUGAUAGUCUGUCCCUGUGGCUUACAGUAUAUUGGGAAGACAUCAAGAACAUUGAAGAUAAGGAUAAGGGAGCAUAUUUAUAAUAUAAAUAGAAAGUUUACCCUACACAAUGUUUCUAAACAUUUUUUGGAAGUACAUGGAGGGAAUAUCAGUGGAUUUGAAUUUAUAGGAAUAGAGGCUGUAAAAACCCACUGGAGAGGAGGAGAUAUAGAACGCCUCCUUAGUAAAAAAGAGAUGAAGUGGAUUUUUAAUAUGGAAUCACUGUCCCCCUAUGGUUUAAACAUAGAUUUUGAGAUUAAUUCAUGUAUAUAGUAUUAAGUGUUUUAAAUGACUUUUUUAAAACUAUUUUAUAUAUUAUAUUAUUUUAAAUUUAAUCUAUACGUUAAAAAUGUUUUUCCCCCCGUUCUUCUUUUUCAAUGAUAUAUAUUUUUUCCCCUUUUUUAGGACAAUAAUACCUCUUCUUAUGACUAUUUUAUGCAUUUUGUUGAUAAAUUGUCUGUUAAUGUGGGUUUUCCUCGUAUAUAGAUGUAUAUAUUAAGUAUUUGGAAAUGGAUAAAAGACUGGCAAAUUUUUCAUGUCGAAAGACUUUCUAAAAUGGCGCGGUUAGUGCUUCCGGGUUCGGCGCCAGGAAGACGUCAUGACGUAGCCGUUUGGCUAAGGAAAGAUGAUGUAAGCAAAAACGUCAUCACGUAACGUAACCGGAAGUCGCAGAGUGAUGACGAAAACGGAAGGCACACAGGACGCCGGAGAAAGGGCGCUGAAAUUUGAAGGUAUAAAGGAGCAAAUAGAGAGAUGAGAAACAGACCACUUGAGAAAGGCUGUGAGUGCCGAAACGCGUUGUGGUAUACACAAAGGACAUUUUACCUGUAUUUACUAUUAAUUUUUAAUUUUGUGAAGUAUUUUAAUAAUAAAUCAAUUUGGAUUCGAUUUCUGCAUCCUGGAGUAAUUUUAGAGGAUACUAUCAGCGCGGAUCCACAAGGUGUGAUACAGGACGUCCAGAAUAGAGAUUUCUCAUCUCCAUACAAGCCCUAAGUCUGAGUCAGCUUUUAAAGUGACUCAGAAAUAUGUGAGUUUAACCAGUCACAUACAACAUUUUGCACAUAUUUUAAACAGUAUUAUACUAUGUUUCUGUGUUUUAUGUUUUUUUAGAUAUUCCAACAAACAAAGUUCUGGUAAAAUAUUGUAUUUGCAUGAUUUGAGUGCUCUCACCACCAUUUUAUAUUUUGCACUUUAUUGACAUUUGGUGUGUUGGAGUGGUUCACACUAGGUGAUAGUAGCACCAUAAUUAUACUUUGUUCCUUAACAAAUUUUUUAUAUACUAUAAUGUCACGGUAGUUUACCCCAACACGCAAGAUUUAGUCCAACAAUUGACAAUAUAAAGCAAAUACGUCUUACCGGACCUUAGAAUGGCCGGACUCGAUGUAGAACAGAGAAUAGACAGAGUCAGGAACGAGCCGAGGUCAAGGGGACAAAGAGACAGCGAAAACAAGAACUAGCCAAGGUCUGGUACACAGGAAUCAGUAAGCUGGCAAACAAGACAAAACAGGGAUAAAGAGAAAAACGGAGUCAGAUACAAAGCCAAGGUCAAGCAUGAAAAAUCACAACUGAACACAACAAGCGCUAAAGGGAACUGAAAAAGAAACCACGAUAGGGCAGGGAGUUAAGGGAGAGGUAAGUAUAAAUACCCUAGUAUUUAAUUUGAUUGGCCCUUGUCAUAUCCACACCCCAAAAAUGUGAGUGUAUGGGGAAUGUGGGAUGCCAGGGGCCAAUGGGAGACCGUUUUACAUUUCGGCUCCCACUGUCCCUUUAAGAGCGUGCCCGAGAUGUGCGGCGCACUCUUAGAACUAGGUGGGACACGUGACCGCGGUCAGUGCCCGCCUUUGUCUGAAUAGAGGACCUCGCCGGCCCCCGGAUAAGGUAAGUACCGCUACAAGAAUGAGGUAAGUUUAUGCCCUUGCUCUCCAUCCAGCCCAGUGGGAGGGGGACCCUGAGGGUGGGGGCACCCUCAGGGCACUAUAGUGCCAGGAAAACGAGGAUGUUUUCCUGGCACUAUAGUGGUCCUUUAAUUUGACUUUAAAAUUCUUCCACAAGGAAUAUAGAUCUUUGAUCACCAUAGACCAUUUUAUUUUAUUUUUUUUAUCUGUUUUCAAUCUAAUUUCCAUAUUUUUUUUUUUAUAUUGCCUGUUUUGAUACUGUUCACUUCAAUUUGGUACCAAGAUUCUUAGAGUAUUAAUAAUGUGGCUUAUCUUACAAGCUUCAUUUAUUUGAAAGAUAUUUGGGAAACCUAGUCUUCCAUCUUUAUAUUUUAAAGAUAAUGUUUUCAGCAAGUUGUUUUGCUUUCUAUAUAUAUUUAUUAAAAGAUGAUUGAAUCAUUGUUAAUCAUGCUGUCUGUAUUUUUUAUAGAAUCAUGCGGAAAAUGUGUAGCCAUUUUGGAAGUAAAAAUGCUCUAAUAAUAUUGGUCCUUCCAAACCAUGAUAUUUCUACAUUUCUGAGUUUUUUAAGUUUUCUAUUCAUUUGUUUUAUUAAUGGUAAGACAUUAGUCUCUAUUAUAGUCUUUGGAUUUUUUGUUAAUUUUAUCCCCAAGUAUGUAAUUUCCUUUUUUAUCCAUUUGAAAUCAUGUAAACUUUUUAUUACUUUUUUCAUUACAUCGUUAAUGUUUUUAUCUAUUAUAAAACAUUAACCCUGCUCGUGUAGGACCGUCCACGGCGGGAAUAGAGGACCUCGCCGGCCCCCGGAUAAGGUAAGUACCGCUACAAGUAUGAGGUAAGUUUAUGCCCUUGCUCUCCAUCCAGCCCAGCGGGAGGGGGACCCUGAGGGUGGGGGCACCCUCAGGGCACUAUAGUGCCAGGAAAACGAGGAUGUUUUCCUGGCACUAUAGUGGUCCUUUAAUUUGACUUUAAAAUUCUUCCACAAGGAAUAUAGAUCUUUGAUCACCAUAGACCAUUUUAUUUUAUUUUUUUUAUCUGUUUUCAAUCUAAUUUCCAUAUUUUUUUUUUUAUAUUGCCUGUUUUGAUACUGUUCACUUCAAUUUGGUACCAAGAUUCUUAGAGUAUUAAUAAUGUGGCUUAUCUUACAAGCUUCAUUUAUUUGAAAGAUAUUUGGGAAACCUAGUCUUCCAUCUUUAUAUUUUAAAGAUAAUGUUUUCAGCAAGUUGUUUUGCUUUCUAUAUAUAUUUAUUAAAAGAUGAUUGAAUCAUUGUUAAUCAUGCUGUCUGUAUUUUUUAUAGAAUCAUGCGGAAAAUGUGUAGCCAUUUUGGAAGUAAAAAUGCUCUAAUAAUAUUGGUCCUUCCAAACCAUGAUAUUUCUACAUUUCUGAGUUUUUUAAGUUUUCUAUUCAUUUGUUUUAUUAAUGGUAAGACAUUAGUCUCUAUUAUAGUCUUUGGAUUUUUUGUUAAUUUUAUCCCCAAGUAUGUAAUUUCCUUUUUUAUCCAUUUGAAAUCAUGUAAACUUUUUAUUACUUUUUUCAUUACAGGGUUAAUGUUUUUAUCUAUUAUCAAUGAUUUCUCUAAUUUUAUGGCAAGACAGGAGGCUUUAUAUUUGCUUAUCUUUCUUUACUGUAACUCUCAGCAGCAAAGAAACAGUUAACAGCAGUGUAAAAAGUUUAACCAAUCAGCAUGCAUUACAGUAAUAUAAACUGCCAUCAAACUCCUCCCAAUUCCUCCUUCUUUGCUGCUUAGCCUCCCAGGUGAGUCUAUUCUAAUUAUACUCCUAUUAAUUCUCAAUUUUAGCUGACUAUUAUAUAUUGUAUAUCAUUUAAAUAUAUUUCAUACUGUUUCACUGUUUCUUCUAUUCUAUUUAUGUGCAAUUUUGCUUUUAUUAACUUAUGUUACAUGGGCUGACAUUCUAGUCAGCCCACAACUUCAGUUUACUUCACAUUACUUCACUUUUCUUCUCUUUAAUUAUAUUGUACUGUCAGUUUAAAUUCUCUAAAGGCACUGACACUUUCGCCACGGCACAAUUUGUGUUGCCCUGGCAUCUCCAUAACGACGCGUCCCGCCCUUUCUUUUAUGCCGCGGCCAUUUCUAUGAACUUUUCCCUGGCUUUUGUCUCAGCGCCAUCUUGUGGUAGCUUUAUGUGCGGAGGUUUACUUGCGUUUCGGCUCUAAACUGCAAACGCGACCUAGCUGUUUGGUAAGUAUAUUUUUCCCUUCUUAAAGCCCCAGAAUAGUUAGUUUAAUUAAAGAUAUACACCCAUAUUCAAAAUAUCAGUUUUUUUUCUUUCACAGAUCCCAACAAUUACUACAACAAGUUUACUCAAAACCCUUGCUUGAUUUUGAGGGUGACCCCCUCUAGCCUUUAUUCUGAGGGUGAUCCCCUCUAGCCUCUUCUCUAAGGGUGACCCCCUUUGCUGCCUCUGUACAGGGUAAUCCCUAUAUGAUUACACAGGUACAUACCUGUUAUUUGACCUUGGACAUUUUAUUGUCCUUUUCUCUCUGGGUGAACCCCACUGAUAAACUGUGGACGAACUCCACUUUUACAGGAUAAUUGUUCUCCUGCAUUUUACACACCAUCUAAGUUCACUGCCUCAUUGUAAAUAGUUUGUCUGCAUAUACAAAAAAAAAAAAAAAUACAAAAAAAAAAAUAUAAAAAAAAAAUAUAUAAAUUGUAAAUAUAAAUAAAUUAUAUACUAUAGUGGUGACCCCACUGUUACUGACAUUAUGUCGGAUUUGCCAGAACCAGCAGUUUCUGCUGAACUUAAGGCCUGGCUAUUCAAUGCCAUUACUGAGUCCAUACCCAAAGCUUUAGCGGCUUUCCGCAAAGAGACAGUCCCAGCCCCUAUGGCGACCAUUACCCAACUCUCAGACUCCAAGGAUUCUCAUGGUUCAGAACGUGAUGAAGCCCCUCGCAAACGCCCUUGGAAGGGCGAUAGCGCUACCGCCGGUAAAGGCAAAGCAUCUGCCAAACACCCUAAAGUUUCCUAUUCUAAACCCAAGCAGGCCAUCUCCCAACAUGAUUUUGACCCAUUUGAGGGUUCAACCUAAUUAUAAUCUCCAAGUGGUAGACGAAUACUACGCAGAACACUCGGUUAAUGAUGCUCCAAUUCAUAAGACAUCCCGAGACCUUUACCCUUCUGAUUCUGCAAUUAAUGAGCCCUCACUUAUACCUCUAGAGGAAUUCCACUUGGAGUCUAAUCUCACCUCUGAAAACCCUAACUUAAAAGAGGAUACCUUAUUUGACACCUCUGGCCGUCCUUUAUUAGACCCCAGAUGCAUCAGGCACCCUAGAUCUGCCGAAUGGACACCCCGGACCACAUUGCCAAAUACAGUAGAUUUGGCUCCGUUGGCUUUUAGAAAAAGAGGUGAGAGCCAAACUGAGGGCAGAAUGCCCACGCCCCACUAUCCCAGACAAGGUGGCCAAUACCACAAACAACACAAAACUUCGGGAUACGGCUGAAAGUAAAUCUGAAAAGAACAUAAAAAUAUACAAAAUAGUGAAGUACAAUUAACACACUUUUAUGCGCUGUAUAUAGAUGCACUCACAGGAUUGUGUAGAAUAUAUCGUUCAUAGGGUGCCUCCCCCGAUUGAGAUGGGGGGCUAGUAAUCGCCUGGCUCCUUUUGAAAAUCCUUAAUAAUGCUCAGGACUCCAGACGGGCAAUGGUAGGAAAAAAGGAUUUUAUUGAUAAAAGGUGAAUAGUCACCAUCAAUAUAAAAUAUAAUUAAAAGGAAAAACGGUAUGGUCCUACGCGUUUCGUUCUGUAAAGAACUUCAUCAGGGACCGUAUAUAAAAUAAAAUCAAUAUACAAUCAUAACAUAUAAAAAUAAUCUCCUAUUCCCCCCAUUCCCAAGUCCUCUUUAAAUAGGGCUAAUCCCUAUGGCCAUUGGUGGUUCCGUUGGUGGUGUCCAGUAUCCGUCACUUGAUUGGUUCCAUGGGGGAGCUGUUCAGCUGUUUCCCAUCCUUCUCGCAUUGCUGUAAUCAAAAUUGGCGCAUUCGGAUAACCGGAACCGGAAGUAUGGGUUGUACCACACGUCCGCGUUCCACUCGCGUUCCACAUGCGUUCCACCUGCGGCUCAUAUGCGUUACACCUUUGUUCCACUUCAACAUUAUUAUAUGAUCACAAAAUUCAAUAAAGAGCAAUAUAUUCAAUCUACUAGAGAAAAAUGGUAUUAGUAACUUCAUCAUUUGCAUAUUUUUUAUAUAAUUAAGCUUAUAACAAAUCACCAUUAUUUAAUUGCUAUAAUCAAACAGUGAGAAAAAAGUAUUUAUAAAAUGAGAAAUGUACAAACAUACAUAUUUUUUGGUUACAUAUAAUCCAAUCACCAAAAUUGUUUUUCUUUCCUUCUUCUCUUUCUUUUUGUAAUAUUUAAAGUGUAAUAUACACAAUUAAACUAUGUGGUAUAUAUUAAUACUCAUUAAUUAUUAAUAUAUAAUUAGUGCCAAAGUGCUAAUAUAGAAAUAAUAAUAAAUAAAUAAAUCUUAUAAUGUUCCUAUAAAAAUCUCCAAUAUUAAAGGGAGUUACACAUAUAUCUAAUAUUUCAAAUAAUUGUAAUAUGGACGUAUUUUAACCCAUUAUUUUCUUAUUUUUUGUUAUUAGAAUUCAAAUGACAAUAACCCAAAAAAAUACAUAAAACAUAAAAGUGUUUGAAAUAAGUAAUUAUAUGGAUCUUAGUCCAAAAAACAGACCAAGUCGAUGCCUAUAUUAAGACCCUUUGGUUCUAAGGUACUUAACGUACGUAUCCAGAAGGUUUCCCUCUGGGAUAAUUUCUUAACCCUAUCACCCCCUCGCCAGAAUGGAAAAACUCUUUCAAUACCCAUAAACUUAAAUUCCCUAAGGGAGAAAGAAGGACAAUUAGAACAGUGAGCCAAAACUGAAUGGGUUAUGUUUUUUUUCCUAAUAUUGUUUAAAUGUUCAAGUAUUCUGACCUUUAAAAUCCUUUUUGUGCGUCCCACAUACUGUUUGCCACACGGACAUUGCAGUAAAUAAACUACAUAGUCCGUGUGGCAGCUAAUCUCAGAUUUCACUUUGAAAAUUUCCCCUGUGGUGUUACUACAAAAAUCCUUAGUUCUUAACAACGAUGUAGUAGUACAGGCUUUACAAGUUCCACAGCCUCUAAAAGAACCAAAGGCUGGAGAAAUGUUGGUGUUAGGGUGUUUGAUAGCAUAGCUAGGAGCCAGUAGAUUCUUAAGAUUCUUAUUCUUUUUAUAGAUCACCAUAGGGCGGUCUGAUAAAGACCUUCCUAGAACUGGGUCCUGAAGCAAGAUGGGCCAGAAUUCUUGUAGGCUCUUUUAAAUUUUAUGAUGAUCAGUAUUAUAUUGGGUUAUAAAGGAUGAUUUAAAGUUUAUAUUAUUUUCAUUUACACUACCUUUAUCCUCCAAUAAUGAGUUGCGAUGCAACAAACUAAUGGAACGGAUUUCUUUAUCCAAUGAAUUUUUAUUAUAGCCUCUAUCAAUAAGCUUUUUUUUGAUGUGUGAUGAUUGAGCCUUAAAGUCCUGAAGAUUGGAACAGUUCCAUCUAACACGUGUAAACUGGCUCCUAGCUAUACCCCGUAACCAUGGUUUAUGGUGACAGCUUUGUUGAUGUACAAAGCCGUUACCAUCUGUGGGUUUGAAAAAACACCUGGUUUGUAUUUGGUCUUGGUCACAAAAGAGAACAAGGUCCAAAAAAUGGAUUUCAUGUUUAUUCCAUUCUGGGGUGAAAACCAAAUUAUACUGAUUACAAUUGAGAUAUCGAACAAAAUCCUGAAAAACAACCGAAGACCCCUUCCAACUAAUAAUAACAUCGUCAAUAUAUCGCCACCAUAGGACCAGGUUCUCCCUCCAGCCAUGCCCAGACCACACGAAGAGUUCUUCCCAUCUUCUCAUGUAAGUGUUGGCAUAGCUGGGGGCGAACCUGGUACCCAUGGCGGUCCCAGUGAUUUGUAAAUAAUAAUCACCAUUAAAGAAAAAAUAAUUGUGAUCCAAAAUAAAUUGAACUGAAGAUAAAAUAAACUCCCUAUGACCUACAGACAGUGUGCUGUCUCCAGACAUAUAAUAAUCAACUGACUCCAACCCUAAAUGAUGGCUAAUCACGGUAUACAGAGAGGUCACAUCUAGUGUGGCCCAACUGUAUUCCAGCUUCCAUUCGAUACAUUCCAACUCUUGUAAAAAAGAUUUGGUAUCUCGCACAUAAGAAGGUGCUCCCUGUGCGUAUUUUUGUAAAAAUGAAUCAACAUAAGCGGAUAAAUUGGCUGUUAAUGAAUGUACACCGCUAAUAAUGGGGCGUCCUGGUGGGUUGGGGAGGUGUUUGUGUGUUUUAGGGAGAAAAUAGAAAAUUGGUGUAACAGGUUUCUUCUGAAAUAAAAAAACAAAAAUUUUUGAGAAAUAAUCCCAUUAUUAUAUGCUUUAUCCAAUAAAGUUCCAAGCUCCAAAUUGAAGCGGAACUUGGGGUCAUUGGAAAGAGUAGUAUAGGUUUUUUUAUCCCCCAAGAUGUUAGCAGAUUCUUCUAGAUAAUAGGAGGUGGUCAUCAGAACUAUGCCGCCUCCUUUAUCCUCCUCCCUAAUUAUUAAAUCAUCGUGUUCCAUUAGAUUUUUUUGAAUUUUUUCUUCUCUCCUUGUAAGGUUAGAAGUUUGUGGUCUUUUCUUAUCCUUUAUAUUGAAAGACUGAAACGUUUGAUUCACCAUAUGUUCAAAUGUUUCUAAAAAUGGGCCCUUACUUUGUAUAGGAAAAAAAUGUGAUUUCGGUUGGAAUUUAUAGUUAGAAGGGGUUGUUGAAAUGUUUAGAGUAUCAUCUGAAGGUGAUGGAUUUAAAAGGAAAUGUCUCUUGAUAGUCAAUGAACGGAUACAUUUUUUUAAAUCUAUAAAGAGAUUGAAAUCAUUAGAGGUUUUACUGGGAGCAAACUUAAUUCCCUUAGAUAAUAGACCAAUCUCUUCAUCUGUCAAGGGAGUCUUUGUUAAAUUAAAAAUACCAUUUUCUAUUUCCCUUUGUUCCAAUGAGUAGGUGACCUGUGGUAAUUGAACUAAUCCUCUGUUCUCACCCUUUUCGUGGGUGAGUUCUGAUACAGAGGAGCAAAUCUGUUGGGAUGUUCCCAAGUUUCCAUCCUUGGGUGGAAAUAAUUGGUAAUUGUUUUUUCCUUUGGGCCCCGGGGUCUCCCCUGAAAAUGUAUUUCUCGAUCAUUGUAUUGUGUAUUGUUUCCCCGAGUCUCUGUUUUAUCUCUUGUAGCUCGAGCAUAUGUCUUUAAAUUGUAAGUCCUCUCGGGAGAUUUGUUCCUAAAUGAAUGAGAAGGGGUUGGUUCUCUAUUAAAUGUCUCUUGGUGGUCAUUUGAUCGAUCAUACUGAAAUCUAGAAUGUUUUUUUUGUAUGGCCCUAGAUUGGGAAUUAAUUCUUGUUCUAUUAAAGAAAGGUCGUUGGUUAUUUCUUUUAUUAUUAUUAUAUGGCGGAGUGCGUAGUCUCCUUCUGCGUAUUUUAUUUCGCAUUGAAAAAGUUUCUAACAACUUGUCAUCCCUAUCUCUACUAUACUUCUUAUUUUUGGUUUCGGUAAUUUUUUCAUCUAAUUUCUUUAUAUUGUUUUGAAGGACAUCCUCUCUCUCUCUCUGAAUUCUUUGCUUUCAAACUCUAAGGGGGGAUUUGUAUCCAAAUCAAUUAAUUCUGACUCUAAUUUAUUUUGCAUAUCUUUCGAAUAUUUAAUAAUAAGUUGAAUUAAUUGAAACGAACAAUUCAUAAGAAUUUCAUCCCACUCUUGUAAAAAGAGAUCGUUCUCCAAUCCAAAUGCUGGAGUUUUAUCUAUCCUCAAACCCCUAGGGACAAGGCCUUGAGGUAAUUCUCCAAGUAGGCUACCUCCCACCAUUUUUUUGUUUCAGCGGCUAGUAACCUUUCUUUCUUUUUAAAAAAUUCAUCCAGCCCCUUAAAAGGUUGUGGUUUAUCCCACUCCUGAAACAUGGCCUCAAAUGUCUUUUUUCGAUUAGUUGUAAAUUCGAUAAGAAACUGACAUUAGUGGCCAUACCUUAUCAAUUAAUAAUAGAUAUAUGUGUAAGAAGAAAAUGGGUAAAAGCAAAUAGUACAAAACAAUAUAAACACUACUAUAGAUAGUAACCGUAGUGAAAUAUAUACAAAUACUUAACUUAAAUAUUAUAGUGCAGCCUCCCAAGAUCGUUACCCAAAAAAGACGACCUUUUCAUAUAUAGAUAACCACAAACAACACAAAACUUCGGGAUACGGCUGAAAGUAAAUCUGAAAAGAACAUAAAAAUAUACAAAAUAGUGAAGUACAAUUAACACACUUUUAUGCGUUGUAUAUAGAUGCACUCACAGGAUUGUGUAGAAUAUAUCGCUCAUAGGGUGCCUCCCCCGAUUGAGAUGGGGGGCUAGUAAUCCCCUGGCUCCUUUUGAAAAUCCUUAAUAAUGCUCAGGACUCCAGACGGGCAAUGGUAGGAAAAAAGGAUUUUAUUGAUAAAAGGUGAAUAGUCACCAUCAAUAUAAAAUAUAAUUAAAAGGAAAACGGUAUGGUCCUACGCGUUUUGUUCUGUAAAGAACUUCAUCAGGGACCGUAUAUAAAAUAAAAUCAAUAUACAAUCAUAACAUAUAAAAAAAAUCUCCUAUUCCCCCCAUUCCCAAGUCCUCUUUAAAUAGGGCUAAUCCCUAUGUCCAUUGGUGGUUCCGUUGGUGGUGUCCAGUAUCCGUCACUUGAUUGGUUCCGUGGGGGAGCUGUUCAGCUGUUUCCCAUCCUUCUCGCAUUGCUGUAAUCAAAAUUGGCGCAUUCAGAUUGUACCACACUUCCGCGUUCCACUCGCGUUCCACAUGCGUUCCACCUGCGGCUCAUAUGCGUUACACCUUUGUUCCACUUCAACAUUAUUAUAUGAUCACAAAAUUCAAUAAAGAGCAAUAUAUUCAAUCUACUAGAGAAAAAUGGUAUUAGUAACUUCAUCAUUUGCAUAUUUUUUAUAUAAUUAAGCUUAUAACAAAUCACCAUUAUUUAAUUGCUAUAAUCAAACAGUGAGAAAAAAGUAUUUAUAAAAUGAGAAAUGUACAAACAUACAUAUUUUUUGGUUACAUAUAAUCCAAUCACCAAAAUUGUUUUUCUUUCCUUCUUCUCUUUCUUUUUGUAAUAUUUAAAGUGUAAUAUACACAAUUAAACUAUGUGGUAUAUAUUAAUACUCAUUAAUUAUUAAUAUAUAAUUAGUGCCAAAGUGCUAAUAUAGAAAUAAUAAUAAAUAAAUCUUAUAAUGUUCCUAUAAAAAUCUCCAAUAUUAAAUGGAGUUACACAUAUAUCUAAUAUUUCAAAUAAUUGUAAUAUGGACGUAUUUUAACCCAUUAUUUUCUUAUUUUUUGUUAUUAGAAUUCAAAUGACAAUAACCCCAAAAAAUACAUAAAACAUAAAAGUGUUUGAAAUAAGUAAUUAUAUGGAUCUUAGUCCAAAAAACAUACACCUGAAUUUGACCCCUUCCUUGUUACCUUUCUGACCAAAUAGGGGAAAGACCCCCGUAAGGGUCUAGAACUGGGUCUGCAAGCCACUCAAGAUAAGAUGAUGGAUGUGGCGGGCCCGCUCAUACAAUUCUUCAUUAUAGCAGACGAGGCUUUAUCAGGUGGCAUGUUUGACGCACAUAUGGUGCGAGAAUGGGCACAAAGGGCCUUAUGCCUUUUAGGCAAUGCCAAUGUGGCGAUAUCAACAGAACGGCGGAAGGCUGUCCUUUAUAAAAUCGAUGCCAAGCUUGCCGAACUGGGCACUAAAGAACUUGGUCCAGAGGCUCAAGGCAUGUUAUUUGAAAAUAAGUUCAUAAAAGAUCUAAGUAAACACGUCUCUAUAUUUACUACGCUGACAAAAGCACAAUCCUCCAUUCGCAAGGUGUUUCGCACUCAGCGUUUUUCCGGGAGAGCUGGUCGCUAUAGAGGCUGAGCGACUGGCAGAGCCGCCUUCACGGGCAAUACCCGAUUCCCCCACAGGCAAUUUUUCCCCUCUCGCGGAGCUAUCCGAGGACGUGGAUCCGCUUCCCUCCGCGGUCGCACUGCUACAGGUAAUGGACCUUCCUUAUUCUCAUAUUCCUAUUGCAGGCCGGUUAACCCUUUUUUCCCAACAGUGGUCUCAACUCACCCGGGAUCCUUGGAUUCUUCAGACGGUGUCCGGGUUCCACCUGGACUUUUCAGGCGAACCAAUACAAAAUUCUCCUCCUACCCCGAUCAAGAUGUCAUUGUUAGACGAGUCGACUCUACAGAGCGAACUCAACGAUCUAUUCACCAAAGGUGCGAUCGAAAGAGUUGUUGGCCCACAGAUCUUCAUAAGCAACAUGUUUCUAGUCAAGAAAAAAAAUCAGGAGAUCUACAACCUGUCAUCAAUCUGAGAGAUCUGAACAGGUUCAUCACAUACCAUCACUUCAAAAUGGAGGGGAUCCAUUUAUUGAGAGACCUACUCUCCGAGGGAGAUUGGUUUUCCCGCUUCGAUCUAAAGGAUGCAUAACUCACUGUGCCGGUAACACCAGCCCACCGCUGCCUCCUUCAGUUUCGUUGGGAACAAGCACUAUGGUGGUUCACCUGCCUCUCCUUCGGCCUAUCUUCUGCACCCUGGUGCUUUACCAAACUAAUGAAACCAGUGAUGGCAUAACUGCACUCCCAAGGAAUCCGUUCCAUAAUUUAUCUGGACGAUAUCCUCCUCAUGGCACAGGACCAAGAAACUCUUCACCUUCAUACAAGCAUGACCUCCGCUCUGUUGCAGAACCUUGGCUUCGUGAUCAAUCACCAGAAAUCAUCUCUCACACCGUCCCAGGCGAUACAAUUCCUGGGAUUCAAGAUAGACUCUGUUCAGGCAGUCCUUCAACUUCCGGCAUCCAAAAUCAAAUCCAUAAAAAAAGACAUUCGGAAGUUACUGAUAUCACCAUACCUCUGCCUGCGAGAUCUAGCCCGCAUCAUCGCCUUGCUCUCCGCCUCAAUACAGGCUAUAUUCCCUGCCCCACUGCACUACCGGGCAUUGCAAUGCCUGAAGACCCAAUAUUUACAUCAGUCGAUGUCUUACGAACAACAGAUCACACUCACAGACGAAGUCCGGCUCGAACUCCAUUGGUGCUACACCACAUGGACGCUUGGAAUGGAAGAGCCAUUUUCGGAUCCCAACCCGACUUCAUUAUGGAAUCGGAUGCAAGUCUGCUCGGAUGGGGCGCAACUUGCUCGGAAAGCUCUACAGGAAGACUCUGUUCCCACUCGGAACGAGCACUUCAUAUCAAUUGCCUCGAACUGAUUGCAGGCUCCUUCGCAAUCUGCAGUUUCGCCAAGGAUGUCUACAAUUGUUCCGUGGUGCUGAAGAUGGACAAUGUGUCAGCGGUUCGUUACGUGAAUCAUCUAGGAGGUUCCAAAUCGAAGAUGCUCUCAGACCUGACCAAAGAAUUAUAUCAGUUCUGCCUAGACAGGAAUAUCUCCCUACGGGCGGAAUAUCUACCGGGAUCAGACAACCUUGUCGCAGACUGGUUCUCCCGACAUUGGAGGGACUCCAGCGAUUGGCAACUGAAUCCACAGAUAUUUCACCAUCUCCAGAUCUGGCGGGGGCCAUUCAACCCGGACCUCUUUGCAUCUCGCCUCAACAGGAAGACGGACGCAUUUUACAGCUGGUUGCCGGACCCAGCGUACCUUGCAGUCGAUGCCUUCUUACAGAUGUGGCCGAUGUCCAGGGCAUAUGCGUUCCCUCCAUUCUCCAUGAUUCCACGCACACUACAGUACCUCAAAACUCAAGGUGUCAAGAUAACACUAGUGACCCCGCUAUGGCGGGCCCAACCAUGGUAUCCUUACCUCCUGGAAAUGUCAGUGGACUUUCCCCUGCUGCUACCCACCGCCUGCGAUCUCCUCAGGGACCCGGCAGGCAACUUUCACCCAUUGGCAAUCCAGGAUCAUCUCCAACUAAUGGUUUGGACUGUUUCAGGGGAUCUUGGAAUGUCUCAGGCCUUUCGACAACUGCUCAGGGACUCCUUUGGGAUUCAUGGGCCCCUGGAACCAGACGCUCUUACAUCUCUGCAUGGCGUCUCUGGAGUUGCUGGUGUUUGGAAAGGAACUUUGAUCCCUUUUCAACAUCUAUAAUUAAUAUUAUCAAUUUCCUGUCAUCUCUGUUCGACCAGGGUAAAUCCUACCGGACUAUUAACGUGUUUCGGUCUGCUAUUUCUGCAGCGCACGUUCCUAUCGAAAGUUCUUCAGUAGGCAAACACCCUUCUAUGUGUAGACUCUUGCGGGGCAUCCGCAUCGCUAGACCCCCGACUCCCAAAUAUAAUCAAUUCUGGGACGUGGCCAUCUUGCUCACGUUCUUAGAAGCUUGGCCGGACAACGAGGCGCUCUCCCUACGCCAAUUGUCAGCCAAAUUAGCUCUCCUCCUUUGCUUAGUCUCCUUCCGAAGAGUUUCCGACAUCAGGGCUUUCAACUUUCAUGCCCUCGAUUUCACACCGGAAGGGUUGCACUUUCACAUCACUAGACGCACCAAGACCAACUCAUCUACGGUGAGCUACACCUAUUUUUCGGAGAAACACCUCCUUUGCAUAGCCCGGUGUAUAAGACACUAUAUCUCUUGCACUACCCCUCUCAGGGCACCUACUGGGCCCCUCCUGGUAUCUUAUGUGCGACCACACAAACCAGUCUCGUGCCCUACCAUUGCACAUUGGAUUAAAUGGCUACUAGCCCUGGCUGGCAUUGAUGUGUCUUUCGGAGCUCACUCGGUUAGAGGCGCAGCCGCCUCCUCUGCACUCAUAGCUGGAGGUUCCCUAGCGGAGAUUCUAUCCUCCACUGAUUGGUCUAGAGAAUCCACCUUCCGUACCUUUUAUUUUAGACAUUCUCCACACGCUUCUCUGUCCAUGCUAUCUAUGUGUUAAAAUAGCAAAUAUGAAGCCUCCUGUCUUGCCAUAAAAUUCGGGAUUAUUCUAACUCAUAGUGACCGAAUAAUCUAAAUUUUAUUAAAGACAGGAGGCGAAUAUUUUCCCACCCUGGAAUAUCUUUACCCACCCUUCUAGGUAAGUAUCUCGUACUAUCUCCAGAUCUAACUAAGUCACUAGCAUCCUCUCCUUUCUCUAGCCUAUACUCAUUAAUUCAUUAUUAUAUGCUAAACCCGCUCUCAAAUUGUACAUUAGUUUUAUUAUAUUCUAUGUGUGUCACUCGCUCUAUAUACCACACAGUUAAUUAUCAUAGGUUAGAGCAGGGGUAGGCAACCUUUUAGCAGCACUGUGCCGAUAUAGGAUUGUGAUGUCCCGUAGUGUGCCGGCCCCAUUUUGUUUUUUUUUAAAUUGAGGUGUGUAUGCUGCCGUAUUCUGCUUGUGUUAUUUAUACUGUAAUUGCUUUGUAUCGUUGUAUUUGUGCAUAUAUGAGCUAUUAUAAUAUAUAUAUGUUCAUGAGUAGAUUGUGGUAUCGUGUAUGGUACAUAUGAAUGUGUAUGGGGGCAGCUUGGGGAAUUGUGUGUGUGUGUGGAUGGAUAUGUCACAUUGUGUGUUUUAGUAGUGUGUGUAUGUGUGUGGGGGCUGUUUGGGGUAUUGCAUGUGAGAGGCUGCAUGUGGGGUUGUGUGCAUGUAUGUGGAUUGUUAGUGGUGUUGCAUUUGUGCGGAUUGUGUGUAUGUUUGUGCUGAUUGUGUGUAUGUUUGUGUGUGGGCUGUCCGUAUUAUUUGUAUGAGGGGAGGGUCUUUCUGCAUUUCUGUGUAUAUCUAGCAGUGUGUGUGGCUUCCCUGGGUUCCAGUAAGGACCAUGUUGGCCAGGUACAGGUCAAGGACCGGAGCUGCAACAACAACUGCGAGCUGCUCUACUGCAGUGUGGAUGCCCAUUCACAAGUGCUGGAAUGAAGUGCUCUGAGAUCACUUCCUCUACAUGCUGCAAUGCAUAAAUUGAGGAUUGUCCUUCACCACCUCUUUGUAUUAGCAGAUAUCUGAAGUUUUACUGGAACUCCUGAUAGGCCAGAGCCUGUUUGGCUCUAGCGGCCUUGAGUGCCGUGCAAAGGCACCUCAAGUGCCAUGCAUGGCACUAGUGCCGUAGGUUGCCUACCCCUGGGUUAGAGCUUACACUUAAAUUGGAAGCCAGUUUCACAGCAUUUAAUUUGAUUUUCUCUUGCCAAAGAGACCAUACUUUCACGAUGUUUCUCUUUCCUCCUAGUGUGAAGAUCACUUGUCUUUUGUCUCAAAUCUCCCUGCGGGUUGAACACUGUCUUCAUCCUAUCGGAUACCUACACCGUUACCUACUCAUCGUUCUAAUGGUUCUACGUUUACAUGGUUGACUCUACGGCUGUUCGACUACAUCAAGAAAGAGGAAUUGGGAGGAGCCUGAUGGCAGUUUAUAUUACUGUGAUGCUUGCUGAUUGGUUAAACUUUUUACACUGCUGUUAACUGUUUCUUUGCUGCUGGGAGUAAAUAAGCAAAUAUUCGCCUCCUGUCUUUAAUAAAAUUUAGAUUAUUCGGUCACUACGAGUUAGAAUAAUCCCGAAUUUGAGUGUAUAGUAUAGCUCUUUAUUACUUUCAUUAGUUCCUCAAGAUAUAUAAUUUGGUUUUCUAACGUGAUAAUCACGUCAUCCGCGAAUAGCGAUAUUUUAUAUUCCUUGUUAUUUAUUUGAAAUCCUUUGAUUUUAACAUUACCUCUAAUAUCGUUGGCCAAUACUUUUAUAGAUAAUAUGUAUUGUAAUGGGAAGAGGGGGCAUCCCUUUCUAGUCCCGUUUGAGAUUGUGAACCAGUCUGAGGAUAUCCCCCCUCCAAUCGUUCUUGCUUUAGGAUUCAUAUACAAAGCCCAAGUUGCAUCAAAUAUCCACCCUUUUAGACCGCAUUUAAUGCAGACGGUUUUGAGGAAGUCCCAUCUGGCCCUGUGACAGGGCCAGAAAUGGGACUCCAGUUUUUUCCACAUUUUCUAAGAUGUUGAUCAUUCUUCUAAUAUUGUUAGAAGAUGAUCUUCCUUUAAUGAACCCUGUCUGAUCUUUGUGAAUCAGAUUUUCUAUUAUUUUUUUUUCUACUGGCCAAAAUGGAUGCAUAGAUCUUUGUAUCUGAAUUCAUUAAUGAUAUUAGUCGAUAAUUUAUUACAACUUUUUUUUUUUCUGGUUUUAAAAUAGGAAUAAUACAAUACAUACAACAGGUGGAUCACACGUCUUGAUGCAUCUAAAAAAGACACAAAAUAAUAUAGUGCAAUAUUGCCAAUAUAUAUAAUAUAAAGAUGGUCUGGAGAUUAAGUACUCACAAGCCUGGAGCCAAAUAAUGGCUCUCAUGGUGUCACGGUAGUAUACCCCAACAAGCAAGAUUUAGUCCAAUGAGAGACAAGAUAGCAAGAUAUGUCUUACCGGGCUUUAGAAUGGCCGGACUCGACGUAAACAGGGAAAAGACAGAGUCAAGAAUGAGCCAUGGUCAAGGGAACAGAGAGACAGCGAAAACAAGAACUAGCCAAGGACUGGUACACAGGAGUCAGGAAACCGGCGAACAAGACAAAGCAGGGAUAAAGAGAAAAACGGAGUCAGGAACAAAUCCAAGGUCAAGCACGAAAAAAGCACUACUACAUGAAGCAAGCACUAAAGGGAACUGAAACAGAAACCACGAUAGGGCAGGGAGCUAAGGGAAAGGUGAGUAUAAAUACCUUAUAGAUUAAUUUGAUUGGCCCCUGUCAUAUCCACGCCCCCAAAACGUGAGUGUAUGGGGAAUGUGGAAUGACAUGGGCCAAUGGGAGACCUUUUUGAUUUUCAGCUCCCACUGUCGCUUUAAAAGCACGCCUGAUAAGUGCGGAGCGCUCCCAGUGUCAGGCGAGUCAUGUGGCCGAGCCACGUGCAGUUGUAGGACUGCGCGCUGCGGGGGAAAGAGGACCUCGCCCGGCCCCUGGAGAGGGUAAGUACCGCUACACAUGGGUGGUGCAGUGGGACUUUUCAAAAGGAUGUCCCCGUCCUUCUUCCAUUUUUAUUUCUCAGGAUAAAUAGAAUGGAGUUGAGCUGUACAAGCAGGGUAUUCUUCAAAAAUUACUUCACUAAUCCAAGUAGGGAAUAAAAUGAAAUUAAAGGUGUACCAGAUAUAGUAAAAACCAAUAAAAUCGGUAUAAAUGAAUAAAAUGACAAUAGGACUCAAUCAGUCCAAGUAAAGUCCUAUACCGAUUUUAUUGGUUUUUACUAUAUCUGGUACACCUUUUAUUUCCUACUUGGAUUAAUAAAGUUCUCUUUGAAGAAUACCCUGCUUGUACAGCUCAACUCCAUUCUACUUAUCCUGAGAAAGCUACAAUAACAUCUGGAAGAAGGACAGGGACAUACUUUUGAAAAGUCCCACUGCACCACCCAUGUGAGCCAUAUGUUUUUAUUUGGCUCCAGGCUUGUGUGCACUUAAUCUCCAGACCCUCUAUAUAUUAUAUAUAUUGGUAAUAUUGCACUAUAUUAUUUUGUGUCUUUUUUUAGAUGCAUCAAGAUGUGUGAUACACCUAUUGUAUGUAUUUUAUUUUUGUAUUUCUUAGAGUGCUAUAAAGGAUUCCAACUCAGGUGGACUGUAGCACUCUUUGCUACCACACUCAUUUAUUCUUAUCGCAUGCAAAUAAUAAUAAUGUUUGCACAUGACAUUUCUUCUGGUAGAGACUUCUGUUUUACCAUCUCAUUGAAUGCAUUGGUUAUUUCCUUGAUUAUAUCGUCUUUGAAUGUUUUUUAAAAUAUAUUUGGGAAGCAAUCUGGGCCAGGUGUUUUAUCUUUUAAUAAAUCAAUAGCUGUUGAUAUUUCUCUUUCUGUAAAAGGGGUAUUUAGCUCUUUAAGUUUUUCUUUUGUUACAGUUUUCAUCUUUUUAUUUCUAGAGGAUUUUCUACGUUGUUUCUCAUGGUCGGAGAGUUAUAUAGAUUUUGCUAAAAGCAAUGAAAUGCUUCUCCUGUUUUUUGAGGAGUAAGUUGUGGACCCUCUUCAGUUAUAAUUUUGUGAAUAUAGUUUGUAGUUUUUUCCCCCUUAACUUUAUUUGUUAACAUUUAAUGAGCCUUAUUACAUAUAUAGUAUCAUUUGUUUUUCAGGAAUUCCAUAUUUCUAAUUGUUAGUAUUCUCAAUAUAUUGUUUAUUUGACUCUUUAUGUUUUCUAUUUUUUGGGAUAAAACAAUAGUAGGUAAUUGUUUGUUUUUUCUGCUAGUUUAAUAUAAAGAUAUAAAUAACUCCGAGAGAGGCAAUGCUGUUUUGUUUUUAUUUUGUGCUCCAAUUUUUAUUAGAUGGUCUCUUAUUACAGCAAUAGAAGAAAUAUCUCCAGGCACUCAGGAUGUUAAAGUCGCAGGCAAUUUUAUUAAAACAAAAAAGACAGCAACGUUUCGACCUAACGAGGUCUUUGUCAAGUCUUAUUACAGACUUAAAAGUGCACCAGAUCAUUGGAACUGGGACUUCAUUAUUGUUAUUGUAUAUAAAAUAGUCUUUGAUUUUUUCUUUUAUUAAUUUUAUAUUUUGUUUAUUAUUUAAUAUAUAUUUAUUUAGAUGCCAAUUUGUUCUUUUACCAUUUUUUAUAUUCUUAUUUAAUUCUAUUAUUACUGCAUUAUGGUCUGACCAUGUUGUCUCCCUUACUUCUAUUCUUUUAAUAUGUUUGGUCAGAUUUAUAUUACCCAAGAAAAAGAUCUAUCCUUGAAUAAGAGUGGUACGUCUUGGAAUAACACGUACAGUCUUUCUCUAUUGGGUGAUCUAUUCUCCAUAGAUCAAAAAAGUUAUAAUUUUGAGUUGUAUUGACUCAUUUAUAUUUAUGUUAUUUUUCAUUGAUCUUAUACUUGAAACUCUGUCCAUCUUUGCGUCUGGUGUGCAAUUAAAGCCCCCACCUACUACUACCAUUCCUUGUUUAAUCUUAGCAAAUUUAAAAAAAAUAUAUAUAUAUAUACGACUGUUUGAAGAUGGAAACCGCUCCGUGAAGUGAGCAAUUUGGAGCAGUUUGUUUUUAACCGCUCUUCUCUGCCCUUGCUGUAGAGUGAGUUGCCAUAGGAUCCCAGGUGUGUGAGCAGCCAGCAGAGUGUUCCGGAACACAGAGGCUGCUAGAUGAAACACAUUCUCUAAACUGCUGUCAUUCCUACAGUUUUGAUAACACAGAAGUGAGCACUAUCACAUUUAACCCCUUGAGGAUGCGGGACGUUCUAUGCCAUCCUUAAGGAAGCGGCUCUAAACGCCGCAGGGCGGCAUAGAACGUCCCCAGUGUCCUAUGUACUUACCGGGUUGCCGGCAAAUCACAUGGAUGGCAUAGCUGUCCAAGGCAUUGCCAGCAGGGGGAGUGCCUGUAAUGACGGUACUCCCCCUGCUGUCUGUAAAAAAAAUUAAAACAUACUAAAACUGUUGAAAAUUAAAUAAUAUAUACUUAGAUCAUAUAUAUAUUUUUAUUAUAUAUAUGAUCUAAGUAUAUAUAUACACACACACAUAUACACACAUUCACAUACACUGUCUAAGUGUAUUUUAAUAUUAAUAUAUAUGAUAUUGACUAAAUAUAUAUAUAAUUGUCAUUAUAUAUAUAUAUUUAUAUAUAAUAUAAAAUAAAUAAAUAUGUAAAUAUGUAAAAAAAUAAAAUUAAAAAAAUAAAAAAUAAAUAAAUAUAUAUACAUGUGUAAUUUCGUUCUAACUGUAUUUUAAAAUUAAUAUAUAUAUAUAUAUAUAUAUUGAUAUCAAAAUACAUGUAGAACGAAAUAAUAUAUAUAUAUAUCUAUAUAGAUAAGUAUAUACGUAUAUAUCACUAUGUAUACGUAUAUAUAAAUAAAAAUUAUUUUAAAAAAUUAUAUACAUAUAUAUAUAUAUAUAUAAAUGUUGAAAAAAGGCUUGCACUCACAGUCUUUUUUUAUUUUAAAAGGUUCCUUUAUUUCAUUCCUUUAAAAUACGAACGACGUUUCAGCCAGCAUCCGUGGCUUUCAUCAGGAUCAAUACAGAAAAAAAGACCGUGAGUGCAAGCCUUUUUUCAACAUUUAUAUAUUUAUUCAUGGCAUUGGCUAAAGUGCACCCGGCAUUUUUGUAAUUUAAAGUGUGUGUGCAAGGACACAGAGAGACAUUAUUUAUAUAUAUAUAUAUAUAUAUAUAUAUAUAUAUAUAUAUAUAAAUAUACAUAAAUAUACAGGGUAUCCUUGCACUCACGCUUGUAGACUGGUGUAGGCCGGGUGCUUGUAAUCCAGGAAAAAUAUUCAUAUGGUGAAUAGUGAUCAGCACUCUCGGGCUUUAGAAGGUUAAAACUUACAGUUUAUUGAAAAUCCAUUAAAAGAUCAACGUUUCAGUUCCAGUCUGGAACUUUCAUCAGGAUCAGGCAUACAUACCAAGUAAAAACAGUGCAUUUAUAUACCUAAAGUAUAAGUGAAAUUAGACAAAAAUGACUUACCCCUGUGCUCUGAGUGGUGGGUGUGGAGCCCCUGGCAUCUACCAUCAUUCCGUGCGCAGGCGCGGACGUGGCCACGCCCCUACGUGCCGUGAUGACGUCACGCGUUGCCGCGGCAACGCUAAAGUCACAUGGGAUAUAAAGCCAGGAAGUGACUAGUAGUGAAUUGCAUGUGUAUCCGGUUGCUAUAGCAACCCUGCUAAAUCACAAAACCUAUUAAAUUCAAUCGAAAUCUCACUUUACAAGUCAAAUCAUCCUGUAAAAAGAAAUAUUGAGGAUGGAAGAUCUAAUAAUAUGUUAAUAUGAAGUGAUACUAGUAUGCGUUGAAAGUGCAUACUUAUACUUUAGGUAUAUAAAUGCACUGUUUUUACUUGUUAUGUAUGCCUGAUCCUGAUGAAAGUUCCAGCUAGGAACUGAAACGUUGAUCUUUUAAUGGAUUUUCAAUAAACUGUAAGUUUUAACCUUCUAAAGCCCGAGAGUGCUGAUCACUAUUCACUAUAUAUAUAUAUAUAUAUAUAUAUAUAUAUAUACACACACAAGUAUAUAUAUAAUAAUUCUACAUAUAUAUCUAUGUAAUAAUUUUACAUAAUUAGGUCAUUUUAUUAAUUACAAUUUGCAGGACCUGCCUAACAACCCAGGCCGAAAGUACAGGGAAUUUAAUUUGCUAGCACUAUAUUUAACCCUGUAACUUUCCAAGACACCAUAAAACCUGUACAUGGAGGGUACCAUUUUACUCGGAAGACUAUACUGAACACAAAUAUUAGUGUUUCAAAACAGUAAAAUGUAUUACAAUGACGAUAUUAUCAGUGAAAGUGACAUUUUUUGCAUUUUUCACACACAAAUGGCACUUACACUGACGAUAUAAUUGUUGUGAUAUGUUUUACUGUUUUGAAACACUAAUAUUUGUGUUCAGCGAAGUCUCCCGAGUAUAACAGUGUGACGGACCGCUGGCACUCCGACCGAGUACCUCCGCCAAUUGAUGCUCCUAGUGCUCGCUGAGGACUCCAAGCACUCUAGCCGACACCAUCAGCACUGCAGACCCCACUUCCAGCGAUGCAGCUGCGCCGGGGUUUCGCCGUCUCCACCCACCCUGGACCCAAGGCCAGGAUCCAGCUUCCAGUGGGUGAAUCUCUCUUUCCCCAGAGAGCGUCGCAGGAACAAGCUCUUAGCAGAGCUUAGUGAUCAUACCCUGGGGAGUAUAGUGAUUAUUGCAAUCCCCAGAGUGUAGUUCUCCAAUCCCCCAAACAUGAGCCACGGCUUCAAUAAAGGUACAAGAUGAUCUGAUUUUAAUGACCACACACUGGCUUUUAUGCAAGUCCCCAUGCAAGGGGACAUCCCACAGGGUGGGAUACAGUACAACCAAUCGUUUACAGGAAAACCGUAAAACACACCCAGCCCCAACAUACAAUCCCUCCCCUCUGCCUGUGAUAUAAUUACUCAACACAAUUGGUUAAUGUAAUUUAUCACAGGCAGGAAAAAUACACUUUUUACACAUAUACUGUAACUUUAAAAAUAUGCAUCAUAUUCACAUAAAACAUACAUAUUCUGAAUCAGCAUACUUUAAAUAUAAACAUAACCAAAAUCAUGCAAAUCCUUCCAUUAGUUCAAAAGUUAGUCGGAGGUCCUUUGUGACCGACAGCAGGCAUAUUUUCCUGCCCAAAACAGUUCCAUGGAUUUGGGCUGUGCGGUCGGUCUAUUUUACACCGAGAAAAUGACUAUGUCCCAUUCGAACGAGCGUUUGAAUCUUCGAACAGGACUUAGUCUCCAGCUGCAGUGUCGAAGUAGAGUAGAACGUACGGGUCAGCGGUGUUCAUGUAAUUGGGUAGCCGAAAACGGUUCCAUAGAUUUGGUUGCACACACCGCUGACCGCAUUUGAAUGAGUUAAAAUGGCCGCCACCACGUGUUCGUUAUUCAAAUGGCAGCCACUUCGACGACUUCGACGACUUAGACAACUUCAAGAACUUCGACACUUCGACGACUUCGGCACUUCACCUGCAUCUGAAGUGCCAGUUUGAAAGUACAAAUCCUUUCUUUAGGCGUUAAAGGGCCAGAACCAGCAAUAUAAGCCUCCAGUAUGCCCACAUCAGUUCCUAGAAGGGCAAUACAUCCCAGGGCCAUAGUCGCAGAGCAGGAGGCUUGUAAAUAGGCCCCUCCAAAACCAGUGGCGAGGUUACUUUCGCCACAAACAGUACCCCUCAUGUACAGGUUUUAUAGUGUUUUCAAAGGUUACAGAGUCAAAUAUAAGGCUUGUGUUUAAGUUUUUUCACAUUGAAAUUUGCCAGGUUGGUUAUGUUGCCUUUGAGACCGUACGGUAGCCCAGGAAUGAAAAUUACCCCCAUGAUGGCAUAUGAUUUGCAAUAGUAGACAACCCAAGGUAUUGCAAAUGGGGUUCAGUCUUUUUUUAGUAGCCCCUUUAGUAGUCACAAACACUGGCCAAAAUUGGCGUUCAAAUUAAUUUUUUGCAUUUUUAAAUAUUAACACUAACUUUGGCCAGUGUUUGUGACCAAGUGGCUACUAAAAAAGACUGGACAUAUUUGCAAUACCUUGGGUUGUCUACUUUUGCAAAUGGUAUGCCAUCAUGGGGGUAAUUCUUAUUCUUGGGCUACCAUACGGUCACAAAGGCAACGUAACCAAUCUGGCGGAUUUCAAUGUGAAACAACUGAAAAAUGUAACACGCUAUAUUUGACUCUGUAACUUCCCAAAACACCAUAAAACCUGUACAUAGGAGGUACUGUUUUACACGUGAGACAUCGCUGAAUACAAAUAUGUGUAUUUUAUUGCAGUAAAAGCAAACAGUAUUAUGACAUUCACAGUUGGAAUGUCACGUAGAACAAAAAAAAAAAUUUAAUUCUUAAUUUUCCCAAUUUUUUUAUAUUUUAUUCAUAUUAACUUAUGUUUCAUACCUAAAUAUUUGAUUUUAAAUGAAAGCCCUGCUUCCCCUGAAUAAAAUGAUAUAUAAUAAGUGUGGGUGCACAUAAUAAGAGGCGAAUUACGCCUGAACAUACACAUAGCGCAAAUUCCAGUUUUUGUUUACGUUUUGUUUUGAUCACAACGUGUACAUUUGGCUCAAUCUUUAAGGGGUUAAUACAUAUAUUUCCAUGUUAGUCAAUUUGUUAUACCUGUAACAGAAAAACAGUAAAAUACAAUGUUACAACAAUACAGUUAAUCAAUGUUUCAUAAAGCUACUCUGCCAAGUCCAACCUUUCCACAGUUACUCCAACCACUACAACCACACAACAGUUACUCAAGCCACUCCCCCCAGUUACUCCGCCCACUCCAGUUGUAGACUACUGGUGAAGGCAAGAACACUUCACACAAUUUCCCCAGAAAUUUUAGAUUUUCUAGUUAGUAUUGUAAUUUUUUUUCUUUUAUUUCAGAAUUAUUUUUUGUGUUAUCUCUGUUUGGAUUUGCAAGAAUAAGGAAUUUAAACAGGAUUUUAAAUAGUCUGGCAGAACUGUUGAUCUACAUCCCCAGAUUUUUCCAGGAUAGAUAUUGUAUCCUCUAAAGAUUUAUCCUGAAAAUCCUUUUGGGGUUCAUCAUUUCUAUAUUUCUCAGAGAUACUUUUCAUUGAUUGAGGAGAGAAGAAGUUACUUGAAUGUCUUUUUUCUAUUUUACUCUCUAUUUUUUCUCUUUUUCUCUCUCUUUCUUUGUUGUAUUUUUUUUAAAUCAAUUUUAAGCCAUUGUUUUUUUGUCAAGCUUGUUCUUUUUAGUGCUUUUAUCGCUUUUAUUGCUUUUAUCACUUCCCCUCUCUCUCUCUUCCGCCUCCCUCCCUUCCUUCAAUUGAUCAAACUGGCAGAGUUUUUUUUAUUAUUAUUAUUAUUUAUUUUUUUCCUUCCUUAUUUCCUCUUUUUUUUUUUUUAAGUGCUUGUAUUUCGAAUUUCUUUGUUUACACGCUACACUGCUUAUUUUGGUAAUCAACCAAUUGUUACGCUACUUGGGGUGAUUUGGAUUGGAACUCAACUGCAGCUUGUAAACUCCCUAAUUACAAUAGUGAAGAAACUGAGAAUCUUUAACCCCUUAAGGACCAAACUUCUGGAAUAAAAUGGAAUCAUGACAUGUCACACGUCAUGUGUCCUUAAGGGGUUAAAGUAUCAAUACUAUAGCUUUAAGAAAAGAGAGAAUUGCUGGUAACUUGAUUCAAACGAAGUUUUAAUAAGUGUUAAACUUAAAUGAAUUGCAUUUAGGCAAUAAUCCAAUAAGAGGAAGUGCAAGUAAUCAACAACAGAAAGUUCAUUAAUAAGUAUUUCCUCAAAGAUGCAUUAAGUAACAUUCUUUAAGUUCAUGAGAAUAAUCUUCAAUAGAAACAAUAAGUAAGUAGCUAAGAAUAUUUGCAAAGCAGGAACAGUUCAUAGUUAAUAAGCAUGAUGAGAGUUGUCCUCCAUGUAAUUAGUAGUUUGAAGCAUUGAGUGUCUUUGCAAAGCAAGAAACAGUUCAUAGUGAAUAAGCAUGAUGGGAGUUGUCCUCCAUAUAUUUAGUAGCUUGUAGCAAUAUUGUAGACAAAUAGCUGAAAGAUAUACUUAAGGUUAAUCUGAGUAGUCCUCCAAAACUUCAGAGAUAUGGUCCACUUGUAAAGUAGCAAAGUAUCCGUUCUCCAGUAAUCCUUUUUGGCAUGCAGCAAUCCUUGCAUUGGCUCAAGGCUGGAAUGGCUUGUCUGAGCUUGUGGAGAGGUAAGUCUGGUGGAAGUAGCUGCCAGUAGCUGAGCCUGUGGAGCUCGCGGAGGCAGCUCACACACAAUCACCAAGCACCCUCUCUCUGGCCCAGUCUCCCUAAAUACCGUCAGAGCUGUGUCAGAGGGGGGCGGGGUCCGGCUCCUCACAGCUGAGUGCCGAACCCGGAAGUGUUACUCCAUGACACCAAUAUGUAUUUAGGUUAGUUGAGAUCAUGCUAAUUCCCUAAUUGUUUAUUAGCUUAUUUUUGUAAUUGCAACACUUUUACAAACAAAGUAACAGCAAAAGUAACUUUUUAACCGCAAAGGUUAUUGCUUACUCCUUUUAGAUAAAUUGUAUCCAGUGUAACAAAUCUUCAAUUCAGCCUGUGUUGAGUCGCAGAGCUCCUCCUCUCUUGCUCUGUUAAUCUGCGUCAGUUUCAAAUCUUCCAGGUUCCGGAGCAGGCUGUCCAGCCUCGUAAGUAGCGGAUUCUCAAGCUUUUAGUGGAGGUUUUUCAUAAAGAUUUAUGUAUGAAUUGUAACGACUAUAAAAACAGCGUCUCCUCAUUUCUCUAUUAGCUCGGGUCUCUCGAGGCGGGGCUCCCGUAGUUCAGUAUUAUAAAGGGGAGAAAUUAACAACAAAUGAGACAAAUUAUUACAAAUUUUGUCAAGAACAAUAGUUUGGCGAGGACCCCGAUCAAACAUUUUUCUGAUGUAGAGGAGAUUUGGCUGUCUAGAGCUGAGAUUUCAUAGUAACAAGUGAAAAUGCUAAUGGAAACACAAUGUAUCACUAUUCAUAUAAAAGAAAUGUAUUCUAAAAACUUUACAAAAAAUGCAAGAGCUUUAAAAAUCAAAUUAAUGAAAAAUACCAUGUGCAAAAUAACCCAAAUUAAAUUAAGAACCACAGCUCUUGAGAAAGGCAGACAUACUUGCCGAAACACGUGUCGAGCUCUAUGCUGAUACACUACUAUGUUUUUUAAAAAUGUUACCCUGUGGUAGAUUUCUCUGUUUGUUAUAGCUCUCUAGUGUCUUAUCGCUAAGUUCUAGUCAGUACUUUGGGGCUUACUAGGUAGGCUGCCUUAAAGCAGCAGUGUUAGCUCAAUGGUGAUUAUGGGCUGCCUUGAAGCAGCAAUGGUAGCUAGAUAGUGACUAUAGCCUCUAGUUUGCACUCUGCAGGCAGCUGGUCAGUCUACUGUGUGGGGGCUGAGAGCUUGAUAGCACAAGUUAGAAACUGUUUCAACGCUGCCUUAUUGCUUAGCCAUUUAUACAAUUUUACCUCCUGUUUUUUUUUCUUUGUUUAAGUUUCUCUUAAACCUGUUACAGCGUAUCCUCUAAGACCAUUAGAACUAUUCAUAUCAGUUAUCCUUCUUUGCUAACAAGGGCUCUAUACUUUAUUAUUGCAUGCAGCCAAGAGUAGCCACCUUUAUAGACCAGAGAACUUGUCACUUGGACACAGCAUGUUCAGCGUCUAAUUAUUAUAAGACACUUUGUUACCUAUAUUUGAGACAGAAGCAUGGAAUGAAUGCUCAUACUAUACUCAGAACCUGAUUUAAAAUAUAUAUAUGAGAGAUCUGUCUAUACAUACUGAUUUCAACCAAUAGUAUAUACCACAAGUAUUGCUCUAUAUAUACACAUUUAUAUGAUUAUUCUUACCCCAGGUUUUUAAAGGUGUAUUGCUGUUUUUUUUGUUUUACAUGUGUAAAAGGUGUACAAACCUUUUAUACAUGGAUUUGUUUAUGUUUUGUGUAUUUGGUUUUCAAUAAAGUCUCUUACCAUUUAUGAUAUUUUUAUAAUAGAGGUCCCAUCUAUUUUUCAUUUGGAGACCUAACCUCACUUUUUAUAUUUUUAAAUUGAGGACCACUUUCAUUUUAAACCAGAAUGUUUUUUUUAUCUUUAAACACACGCUGAUUAAUAAAAUGACAAGUUAAAGUGUAUUUAAGAUGUUUUGUGUAUUUCCAUUCAUGUAGUUGUUUUAAAUGUAUUUAUUUACUUUUUACGACAGGUAACAGCACUAAAAUGAAGUACCAGCCUUUAUUGAUUGGCUUAUAUGUGAUGGUCUUUUUCUUCAUUAUCAGCAUGUCCUAUUUUUACCAUAGCGUCUCAACGGUUAUUUCAAUGCCAGAGAUUAAAUUGCUUAGAGACGUGUUCAAAAAAAAAGAAUCAGUACAACUUCAACGGACUACAAUAGCCACAGCAAAAGAUACAGAGAGGUCUCUCACUGGUAUGUGGACAGUAAAUGUUAAUAAUCGUCUAGGUAAUUUAAUGGGAGAGUACGCCACACUCUAUGCACUGGCAAAACUGAAUGGUCGUGAAGCAUAUAUCUUGCCGGAAAUGCAUGCACAGUUAUCCAAAAUCUUUAAACUUCGACUGCCAGUGCUUCACUCAGAUGUUGUUAAGACCAUUCCAUGGAGAAAAUAUUGGCUUCAUGAUUGGAUGUCUCCAGAAUACAAUAAUAUCCAAGGGGAAUAUGUUCAAUUAACUGGUUGUCCUUGUUCAUUUACUUUCUACCAUCACAUAAGGGAUGAGAUUCUCAAGGAGUUUACUUUUCAUAAUUAUGUUAAAAAAGAAAGCAAUGAUUACCUUGCUAAAUUCCAGGGAGACCGGAAAAAUGUCACUUUUGUUGGAGUACACGUCCGAAGAGGAGACUAUGUGUAUGUAAUGCCAAACACAUGGAAAGGUGUAAUCGCUGACAAGGGAUACUUGCAGAAAGCCAUGGACUAUUUCAGAAACAAGUAUGAAAAUCCAUUGUUUGUGGUGACCAGUAAUGGUAUGGAUUGGUGCAAGAAGAACAUUAAUAAUUCAUUAGGGGAUGUCCACUUUGCUGGAGAUGGAAAGGAAGGUUCUCCUGGACGAGACUUUGCCCUCCUGGCACACUGUAACCACACUAUCAUGACUAUAGGGACAUUUGGCAUCUGGGUUGGAUAUCUGGUGGGAGGCGAGACAAUUUACCUUUCAAAUUAUACCUUACCCGAUUCUCCUUUUCUCAAACUUUUCAAGUAUGAAGCUGCUUUUCUUCCUGAAUGGAUCGGUAUUCCAGCAGAUCUCUCACCCCUUCUGAAAAAAGGCUAGAAAUAAUGCAAUAUCACAAAAUGUUGCAAUUAUUUAAAAAACAAAACAAAAAAAACUUGACAGCUGCAUUAAAGAAGAAGAAUCUGAUAUCGUUUUAGACUGUAAGGGAGAAAUACAUUUAUACAUUUGGAAAACAUGCUGCAAAAACUCUGAAUUCCUGGCCCUCAACCUUACAAACUCACGAUUAUAGAGUAUAAUGGAACUUCUAUUAGUUCUCCUUAGCUAAGCCUAGCAGUGCGGGGCUAUCUCAUUGGUUGAGAGUGUCAGUUGAUAAUAAAGUGUCAGCACUAAAAUGGUUUGACUACUAAUAAGUUGGAGGUGCCAGGACAGUCCUCGCACCACAACCAUCACAGUGUGCUGUAGCGAUUGUGCUGCUUAGACAGUUCCUUUUAAAAGGGUAACUCUGGAGGUAUUGUUAAUAAUUAUUUCAAACUACUGGGCUACUGCAUUAGUUCAUCUUAAAGCAGAAAUAGAUAUGUUGAACACAUUUCACUCCCAGCAUCACAAUCGACAUUAUCACUUUUCUUUGAUUACAUGGUGUGCUUUCAUCCAAUGUUACCUUCUUUUCAUUGUAAGAAUUAGUUAUUACCCACACACAUUGUUCUUUUCCUGCGGUUUCGGAUGGAAAUAUUCUCUUGUGAUAUAUUUACUAAUAUUUAACUUAAACUUUACUAUUUUCUGUUUUGUCUCUCACAUGUUCCCCAUUUAUUACUGUAAUAUUUACAUUUGUGAUCACUUGAAUGGUUUUCUGGAUUCAGGAGUGUCAAAUUGUUUUUUUUUAAUUAUUAUUAUUAUUAUUAUUUAAUUUAUUUUUUUUGUAUUCUUUAUGUGCAGUGAUAAACAAUGAAUAUGUGCACAUAAGUCAGCAACAAGAGCCAGAAUAAAACAAUAUACAGUCUACUUCAGACUAAUAACAGGUUGCACAUUUUUAGGUAUUAAUAACAUCAGGAACCCAGUUCUAUCAUGUUGAACUUAGAAGGUAUGAGAAAGGUCAUAGGGUAGAACUGUAGACACAUUAGAUCUCCUACACACUCUGGGUCCUCCACACACACUCACCUACACAUAAUAGACCCUGCUAUCAGUGGCGUCUCCAGCAUUCGUAUUUAGGGGGGCACAUGGGGAGCCAGUGACAAGUAGGGGGGCAAUUAUAAAACGUGUGUGUGUAUUAUAUGCAACUUUUUAAAUAUUAUAUGCAACCUUUUAAAAUAUUAUAUGCAACCUUUUUAAUAUUAUAUGCAACCUUUUUUAACAUGGAAUAACAUUUUUAUUGGAAAAAAUUGAUUUCUUGUUUUCAUUCCCUUCUUCAGCACACACAUUAUUGCAUAGAUUGGACUAGCUCUUGCACCCCUACUGCUCAGACGGGACUUGCACCUGCACACUACACCAUUAUUAUUUCUGAAUAGGGAAAUUGCAUUUUAAACACAAUUGAAAAAUACACUGUUCAUAUCCUGGACACAUAUAAAAAGGAAAUAGGGC